AUGAGACGGCUCCAGCAGCUGACGAGAAAAUUACAGAAAGCACCGGUGUUGCUGGAAGCCUACGACGUAGCUAUCCGACAAUACUACGGAGACGACAUGGCGGAGCUGGUGGGCGAAGACGUUCAGACGGAGCAUUUCACUUAUUACAUGCCGCACCAGGCGGUUGUUCGUGAGGCAAGCAGAACGACGAAACUGCGGGUAGUGUGUGACGCGUCGUCACACACUCCAGGGUUAUUGUCUCUCAACGACAAUUUACAAAGCGGACCGAACUUAACAGCAGAUCUCGUUGCUCUCCUACUUAACUUCAGGCAGCACAACGUUGCGCUUGUCGCAGACAUGGAAAAGGCGUUCCUCCAGAUUCAAGUGAAGGAGAGCGACAGAGACGCCCUGCGUUUUUUGUGGUACGAUCGCAUACCACGGCCUCAGGAGGACACGCCAAACAUUGUCACAUUCAGAAUGAAGAGGGUCCCAUUUGGGACUACUUGA